AUGUCAGCUGCCUGGCUAAUUCGGAAAACUUCUAACCCAGCCAAAGUCAGUGCCGCUGGCAUUUUCAUGUACAUUAAGACCAUGACAUCUGUCUCUAACCCAAGAAACAAUACCGGAAGUGGCAGAGGUUUAUCCAACGAUGAUUAUUUCGCUACCAUACACCACAUAUCUAACAUAGUUCGCCGAGAUAUCUACAUGGAGCGAACACUCAAUAAGAUGCGGAUCACUAGCAUUGUCAAUUCUGAGCUAGUGUACCGUGUCCUUCGAAGCUGCUGCCACUCUGGUAUUGAAUCCUUCCGAUUCUUUAAUUGGAUCCGCACCCAUCACCCUCACUAUGAUCCCACCACCCUUGAGUUCGAAGAGCUCCUUAAGACCCUUGCUCUCAAUCGCCACUGGGAGACCAUGUGGAAGGUUGCCCACCAGAUGAAAACCCUCAACCUCCCCAUCUCACCUUCUGUCGUGUCUUUCAUCAUUGAACAGUAUGGAAAGAAUGGUCAUAUUGACCAAGCCGUAGAGCUCUUCAAUCGCCUAAAAAACUUCAGUUGUCCACAAACAAUUGGGAUAUACAACUCUUUGCUUUACGCUUUAUGUGAGAUCAAAAAUUUCCAAGGGGCCUAUGCGUUGAUUCGGAGAAUGAUCCGAAAAGGUGUUGUUCCUGAUAAGAGGACUUACUCGAUUCUUGUAAAUGCAUGGUGCUCUGUGGGAAAGAUGAGAGAGGCCCAGGAGUUCCUCGAGGAGAUGAAUCUUAAGGGUUUUAAUCCCCCCGUGCGUGGCCGUGACAUUUUGAUUGAUGGUUUGAUAAAUGCAGGUUAUCUUGAAUCAGCAAAAGGAUUGGUGAGAAAAAUGACCAAAGAAGGGUUUGUUCCCGAUGUUGGCACAUUUAAUUGUUUAGUGGAAGCUGUGUGCAAAUCUGGGGGGAUUGACUUUUGCAUCAAUCUUUUUAAUGAUGUUUCCCAACUGGGACUUUGUCCUGACUCAGAGACAUAUAAGAUUAUGAUAAGCGUUGCUUCAAAAAUUGGAAGAGUUGACGAGGCUUUUAGGAUUCUUCAUAGAUCCAUUGAGGGGGGCCACCGACCGUUUCCCAGUUUAUACGCUCCUAUCCUGAAAGCUCUAUGUCGAAGAGGACAGUUUGAUGAUGCAUUUAGCUUUUUUGUAGACAUGAAGGUGAAGGGGCAUCCACCAAAUAGACCAGUUUAUACGAUGCUGAUAAAGAUGUGUGGACGUGGAGGUAGAUUUGUUGAGGCAGCCAAUUAUUUGGUGGAGAUGACCGAGUUAAAUUUAUUGCCUAUGUCACAAAGUUUUGACAUGGUUACUGAUGGGUUAAAAAACUGCGGGAAACAUGAUUUGGCUAAAAGGAUAGAGCAGUUAGAAAUAUCUAUUAGGGGUACUUGA